AUAGAUACACUCUUCUACCUAACCGGAGACUUGUUCUCGGUUAAAUAUACACAUACCGGUGACUUUCCCAUAUAUAUUGAAACUUUACGCGAAAGCUGCCAUACGUACGCAACCAUACGAUUUGUUAAAAUGGACGGCAGCAUAUUUUCGUGCUAUUACUAAGAAGGAGGUACCGCCGGUCAAGAAUGGAGAAACGUAAAAUGAGUAGUGGGCGGUGAUAGGACAGCGGCGGGAGGAGGAUGGCAUGCGGAGGGAGAGGAAGAGAUAGGAACGAAAGAUUGGAAUAUCCUCAGCUUAUAUAUUCCUCUGGUAUAACUCCUGGUUAUUUGAGGACAUUGUUAAACAGAUUUGGUCACGUAAACAAAGUCCCCUUGAGAGCUAUUCUAGAACAUUGGCAAGGUAUCGACCUAACCGAGACUAGUCUUUAUCAGAUAUGUCUGGUCGGUGGAUUCCUAAAGGGAGAUUGGAAUUGCGACUUUUAUCGUUUUCUAGCUAUAGCUUGUGGAUUAUUGGCCGACAACUUAACGGAUACGAUGAUUUACAUCUGCGAGCUACUGACGUUGGAGCCUGAAGGCGGCUCCGCGAUGAUACCCUUACGUAUCUUUAUCAAUCUUUACGGAUAUCUUGCAAAUCUCAACUGCACCGGUUAUAUCUCACCAUCGAUGAUAAUGUUGAAAGAAGAGGAUGAGGAAAUUAUCGAACACGAGGAUCGUUUCUAUUCUUCUUUCUCUGAUGUUUCACUUUUCGAAACUUGCAAAUGGUCCGAUUCAACUAUCUCUUAUAGACCAAAGAGUCCAAUGGAAAUUCAAGAAAUGGUAGAGGAGGAGGAGGAAAGGAGUAUUCUAACUUCGUCGAUCGAGGAAAUAAAAGAAGAAACGACGACUACGGCGACGACUAUGGGGUUGGUCGUGGAAAAGAAUGGAAUUGAAACGAAACCGAUCGGCAAGGUUGAAACCAAAGUUGAAAGAAAGGUUGAGAACAAAGAUGAGAAAAAGGUUGAUACCAAAGGGGAAUCGGAUACGAAGGAGGAGAAAGACUUUGAACGAUCUGAUUGGCAAACGAAAAUUUCCAAUAAGGUCGAGACGAUCGAUGAUUCGGCCAACGCGAAUGAGGAUGUCGAGAUCGCCGAUAAGAAGAAAAAAGGAGAAAAAAAAAAAGAAGAAGAAGAAAAGAAGAAGAAGGAGGAGGAGGAGGAGGAGGAGGAGUUUGAUAGGAAAGAUCGACAAAAGGAUUUUUAUCAUCUAGAUUCAGAUCAAUAUCUCGAUGAUUCGAUAUUUGAUAUCGGAGACUUAGAAGACGAAUGGUAUCCUAGAAUGGAAGCGCUUCCAUCGGACGAAUUAGUCGAUUCUAUCAGCGACAUUUGCACCUGUCCUAAACCGGAAGAACGUAUAUCUAUACCUCCCACACCACCCCCCUGCGAUCCAGUCGAGGAAUUUAUUAAAAGAAUGGAAAGGGAUAUUGACAAGGAUCAACUUGUAAGGAUUUUUCAAAUAGAGGGUAUUGGUCCCAAGGUUUCGGAGAUAAAAAUUACAGCUGUUAAUAUUUGGUUAUGCGAAUGUGCUCGUAGGCAGAAUGGUUACGUAGGACCACGCAAUAUCAAACACUUCCUAUGUCCAGAUCUUCAGGAUUCUAACGAUUGCCAUAAUUAAUAAUCGAAGAGAAAAAUUUUUGCGUUUUUCUUUUUCAUUUUAAAACGAUUCUAACGAUAAUCUUGAAUUUAUCCGAUUGAUUUUUAUAUUAGCCGUGUAGGUAUUGUCUAUCUAUGUAGGUACAUACAUAUAUAUAUAUAUAUACAUGUAUAUAUAUAUGUAUAUAUGUAUGUACGUAAUAGGUACGUUUAAUUUCUCAUCGACGGAAGAACUUAAAUUCCUCCAUAAAUGAAUUUUCCAAUUGCGUCGCAAAUACCGAUCCUACCGAAUUGCAUUUGCCAAGAUUUUAUGUGCCGUUUUACGUAUAUAUAUAUAUAUAUAUAUAUAUAUAUAUAUAUAUAUACUAUAUCUCGCAGAUUUUACAUAUUAAAACGUAACGUUUCGUUUCGUUCACAAAAUAUAAUCCACCACGUGAGAUGCAUUAACGAAUCGUAAUAUCAUCGUUUCUUUCCCCUUGCCCCCCCCUCCCCCUCCCAUUCUCUUUCUUUCUCUGUUUUUACCUAUUUGUUUUUUCUCCCCCACCCCCCUCUUCUUUACAACACAAAAGAACGUAUUAUUUGCCGUGAAAUAAUUUUUUAAUCGCUAUGCAAUGUUACAAGUACUUAUUCAGAUGCUUCUCUAAUAUAUACAAUUACUCUGUACUAUGUAAUUUUAUGCAAAGUAAAAAAAAGCGAAUGGGUUUCCUUUAAUUAUUGUAUCAGUUCAUUUUUCUUCUCUCUCUCUCUCUCUCUCUCU